CCGAGGAGGGGCCGGGCCGCGACUGCCCGGAUGGCGCCGCUCCAGCCCCGCGCGGCCCGGCCCCGGGGCGCGCCCAAAUAUAGCCCGGGGCGGGGAGGCCGCGGGGCCGCUUCGUGACCGCGCCGCUUCUCAGCGCCCGCCUCCGGGAGCAGCCGACCGGCGGCACGGGGUAAACGGUAAAAAAUGGCAUUUCAGAAGGCAGUGAAAGGAACUGUUCUCAUUGGAGGAGGUGCCAUAGCAACAGUUUUUGGCCUCUCUCAAUUUUCUCAGUAUAGAAACAAACACGGCGCCUUGGUGAACGUUCAAGCUGCAGAAGCAGUGACUGUUCCCAUAAAGAACGAUUUUCCUACAAGAGAAGAGCAGAUUUUGACACUAAAAAACACACCUGAGUUUGAUGUUCUUAUCAUAGGUGGAGGAGCAACAGGAUGUGGCUGUGCCUUAGAUGCAGUCACUAGAGGACUAAAAACAGCCCUUCUAGAAAGAGAUGAUUUCUCAUCAGGGACCAGCAGCAGGAGUACUAAAUUGAUCCAUGGUGGAGUGAGGUAUCUUCAGAAGGCCAUCAUGAAGCUGGAUUUUGAACAGUACAAGAUGGUGAAAGAAGCACUUCAGGAGCGUGCAAACCUACUUGAAAUAGCUCCUCACCUAUCAGCUCCUUUGCCUAUCAUGCUGCCUGUUUACAAAUGGUGGCAGUUGCCGUAUUACUGGUUUGGAAUAAAACUGUACGACCUCGUGGCAGGAAGUCACUGUCUGAAAAGUAGUUAUGUACUCAGCAAGUCAAGAGCCUUGGAGCACUUUCCUAUGCUGCGCAAAGACAAGCUUGUUGGAGCUAUUGUCUAUUAUGAUGGACAGCACAACGACGCACGGAUGAACCUCGCCAUCGCUCUCACCGCUGCCAGGUACGGCGCUGCCACCGCCAAUUACACUGAAGUGCUGCGCCUGCUGAAGAGGACAGAUCCGUGCAGCGGCAAGCAGCGCGUGUACGGGGCACGCUGCAGGGACGUCCUCACAGGGCAGGAAUUUGAUGUCAGAGCCAAAUGUGUUAUCAAUGCUACAGGACCUUUCACAGACUCGGUGCGCAAAAUGGAUGAUCAGGAAGUGCCCAACAUCUGUCAGCCCAGUGCGGGUGUGCACAUCGUGAUGCCGGGUUAUUACAGCCCUGAUAACAUGGGUCUGCUUGACCCAGCCACCAGUGACGGCAGAGUGAUUUUCUUCCUGCCUUGGGAGAAGAUGACUAUUGCAGGGACCACAGACAGCCCCACCGAUGUCACCUCCCAUCCGAUACCAACGGAAGAAGAUAUAAACUUCAUUCUGAACGAAGUGCGCAACUACCUUAGUGUAGAUGUUGAAGUGAGAAGAGGAGACGUGUUGGCAGCAUGGAGUGGCAUUCGUCCUCUGGUCACUGACCCCAACUCCAAAGACACGCAGUCGAUAUGCCGGAACCACCUUGUUGCUGUUAGUGACAGUGGCCUUGUCACCAUAGCAGGUGGGAAGUGGACAACGUACCGUGCCAUGGCUCAGGAUACCAUUGAUGCUGCUAUUCAGGAACACAAUCUGCCUGCAGGUUCCAGUAAGACAAUUGGGCUUCUGCUCCAAGGGGCUGAGGACUGGAGCCCCACGCUCUACAUUAGGUUGGUCCAGGACUAUGGACUUGAAAGCGAGGUGGCUCAACAUCUGGCUUCUACAUAUGGUGACAAGGCUUUUGAGGUGGCCAAAAUAGCCCAAGUUACAGGAAAGAGAUGGCCUAUUGUUGGAAAACGUCUUGUGUCUGAAUUCCCUUAUAUUGAAGCAGAGGUUAUCUAUGGUGUGAAGGAGUAUGCCCGCACUGCUGUGGACAUCAUUUCCCGGCGGACUCGCUUGGCCUUCCUGAAUGUUCAGGCUGCUGAGGAAGCUCUGCCAAGGAUUGUAGACUUAAUGGGGAAAGAACUUAACUGGAACGAGCAGAAAAAAAAGGAACAACUGGAAGCUGCAAGGAAAUUUCUGUAUUAUGAAAUGGGCUACAAAGUAAAAUCUGACCAGUUAACAGACAGCUCUGAAAUCUCUCUGGCGCCUUCGGAUAUUGAAAGGUACAAGAAGCGAUUCCACAUGUUUGACAAGGACAAGAAAGGGUUUAUUACUAUGUUGGAUGUGAAGCGGGUCUUGGAGAGCAUCAGUGUGCAGAUUGAUGAGAAAACACUCCACGACAUUCUGAAUGAAGUAGAUCUGAACAAGAAUGGGCAGGUGGAGUUAAUUGAGUUUUUGCAGCUGAUGAGUGCCAUUCAGAAGGGCCAUGUCUCUGGCAGCAGGCUGGCCGUGCUGAUGAAGAGGGCGGAGGAGAACCUGCGGCAGCGCGUGGUGAUCCCGGUGGACCGCAGCGGUGGAGGGCUGUAGCUCAGCACGGCUGUGCUGCAUCUGCUGACAAACAUUCCAGUGCUCCCGAAUGUCCUUACUCGGUCAAGGUGACUGAUGUCUGUAAAAACACAUGGGUGCGUUUGUUUCCUGUACUAAUGGUUUUCUGUACGGCUCUUAAUACUCAGUAUGUGGCCUCUUGGAUUGGGUAUGCUUCAAACAUAGGAGUUUAUUAACGGGUUCUGGAAUAUGGUCUGGAAACACUGGUGCACACACAAGCACUCGGGCAUGUACUGCCUUGCUCAUUAACUUCUAGAUCACCUUUACCUUUAAAAAAAAAAAAGUGAUUCCUGCCUUGAAAGAGAGCACUGCAUUGAGAUUUGCAAAUAGGCAUUUAGUAUUUAAAAGCUGCUGAUCUGUCUGCUUCAACAAAGGGCAGCAGAGGGAGGGCUGGUACCUGGGGUUUGAGAGAGCUUCAUAAGAGGAGCAAAGCUUCACCUUCUGAAGGUACCAGGUAUGGUAAGGAGCUGGCUGGUUAGUGCCUGCCCUAACAGGUGCUGGGCUUUUGCUCUCAUGGGGUGCGUAGUUAUUUCAGCAGUUCUUGGCCAGACACGAGUUAUCAGCUGUACCAAGCUGGAAAACAACACAGAACCAUCACCCAAACCAAUAACCCAGCGGGCAGCCAGGGGACAGCUGUCCUUUCUCCACAUUAAUAACCACAGGCUUCCUUCAGUCGGCAGCAUCCUUUAGCGGGUGGUGUUUGAUGCUGUGAAGUGCUCUGUACUGUUUCCAGUUUGGGACAAAUAUGUAAAAUAGGACAGUUUUGGAUAAUGUAAGUCUUAAUUUAUUUAAAAACUCAAAUUAGAUUGUGUAGAUUUCUUGAGUAUAAAUACUGGCUGACAAAACAGGACCCUCUGUACCAAGGGCUCAGGAUUUCUCCUUACAUAAGAUCUUUUAACUGAUGUCAUUGUUUUCACUAAUAGAAACAUCAGUGCAGUAACAGCCAGCAAAGAUUACUUCUGUAUCUUAAGGGAAAAUGAUUGCACGUGUGAAAUGGAGGGGCUGAGGAGCGUUGGUGUACAGCUGAGUGUGUUGAGUGUGGGGGGAUGGAGAGGGAAAGUGCUUUGAGGAGUAAGUAAAACACAAGGCUUUGGAAAGCAGAUCUUGAAAAUGAACACAACCCAGAAGCGGGGCUGAACGUCACCUGGAUUCCUGUCAGUCUGAACAACUGCUGAAACGUCUCCAGGUUCUCUCCAGAAAUCCCAUCUCAGAUGCUUUCCAAAUGGUUUUUGCAUGUUGAACUGAUUGUCAUAGAGCUGCUUUGUACCAGAACUGUGCUGCUGUGGGUUCUGACCGUGCUGCUCUGAGUUUUGUACCAUUGGGUACAGCCCACGAGAGCGGUGAGCGAACGUUUGACAGCGUGUUUUAUGAAUGGCUGCUGUGGGUCUGUCAGCUUUUUUGAGUGUGUUCCAGGAGAUUCGGGUGAAGUAUGUGAAUCCGCAGUGCAGCUUUGCUGUUCUAAAACCCUUCUCAAAUAAGAGCACGGUAAGAGAGUUUACGUCACACAUGGCACAGCAUGGAGGGGGGGGGAAUGGGUGUCUUUGGGCUCGGAGGCAGGGUAGGAGCCCAUGAUUUGCUGAAUUAUUUAAACAGACGUAUCUGUUAAAGUAGUGAGACCUUUUCCAGGCCACGUAAAGAAAAAUAGCUGAAAUAUUUAAUAACUUCUGUACGGUUUGAAGAAAAAUUCUCCUCCGCUCCUCUGUAAAUGGAACUGUUAAGAAUGAACGCUGUGAGUUUCCCUGUAAAGCUGGGAUGUUCUGCUUUGUGUUCGGAGCGUGUCCUUCACUUUGGUAAUGCUGCCCACAGGAUGUGACUUCAAGGUUUCCUUGGCUACACGCGUGUCCCUCCAUUGCAGUUUGCUUUGCAGCGUGGGUGCUUCACUGUCGUGGAUCUGUGCUCCUGUGUGGCACUGCAGGGUCUUGCACAGCUGCCCCGUGUGUAGGGGAGGCUUUAAAUCUCUGCUUUCAGGAACGUUGUGAGGGGGUUGGUUGGGUGGCUUUGGCCCGCUUGGGUUCUUCUCUUUGCUCUUCUGCUUUUCUUCAUGUGAUUGUACUCAUGUUAUUGUCCUGCUUUGUUCUGAUCCCAGGUGGGGAAGCAAAAAGCUGCAUGCCCGGCUGGGGAGCGUGCACACGUGUGUGUAUGUACACACAUGUCUUAGCCCAGCACCUACUGCGCUGUGCUGGGGGUUGCUCCGUGCUGAGCUGUGCGGUGCUGUGUUUGAGGCUGGGUUGUCGUUUUUAUAACUGUCCUGGUGUUUUAUUGCCGUUAUUUAUUACUUUUGAUAUCCGGAAUGAGCCGCAUGCAUUUAUAGAGCAAUAAGAGGAUGUAUUUAAUGUGCCUUGUUUUUUGACUGGGGAAGAACCAAAUGCAUGAAUCAAUAAAAGCGAUGAAAGGC